AUGACAAGUAAUAGAUUUGUUUAUUAUCUCUGUAUAUUUCAAGGACUAACUCUGGAUCUGAAAAAUAGAAUUUUAAGCAUCAGAGAUGGUGACUCUGAUGUAUCAGAAUCAGAAGUUAAAUCACCUCUACCAGCUCCUAAGUUUUUUACAACCCAGUCGUUCUCUUCAAAGAAGGAUAAAUCUUGUCAGAGAUUAAGGUUUGAUCAACCACCUCCAACACCCAAAGGAAAAACAAAUAGUAAAAGUUGCUCAUCUGUAAGCCGUCUGUCUUCCACUAGAGAUGGUUCUAGCUCUGCUCAAAGUGUUAGUUUUCGUGAUUCAAAAUCUUCUCUUUCUUCCAAAUAUGAUUCCAGCAAUAAGAAAUUAUUGUACCUAAAUCAGUGUUUUGAUGUGAUUUGCAAGCUGGGCUCUGGUUCUUUUGGAGAUGUGUUCAAAGUUAAAUCUAAAGAUGAUGGUAAGUAUUAUGCAGUGAAACGAGCCAAAGAAAAAUUUGCUGGAAAAGCCGAUAGGAGUCGUAAGUUACAAGAAGUCCAGAAACAUGAGAAGCUUCCUUAUCAUCCAAAUUGUGUAAAAUUUUAUAGUGCUUGGGAAGAAAAGCAAAUCUUGUACAUACAAACAGAACUAUGCAGUUCUAGCUUGAGUCAGUAUGCUGAAACAAAUCAUGAUAUUCCAGAAAAAACUAUUUGGAAGUACCUAAUUGACCUAUUACAGGCUGUUAAACAUUUGCAUGAUCAUAAUCUAGUUCAUUUAGACAUCAAACCAGAAAAUAUUUUUAUAUCUGAAAACAACAUUUGUAAACUAGGUGAUUUCGGGCUUGUUCUUGACCUCUCUGUUAAGUCUGAUGCCACUAAUGCAAUCGAAGGAGACCCAAGAUACAUUGCUCCUGAGUUAAUGGAUGGUAUUUUUACAAAAGCAGCUGACAUUUUCAGUCUUGGGAUAACAAUAUUAGAGCUAGCAUCUGAUCUAGACUUACCUAGAGGUGAAGAAUUAUGGCAUCGCUUAAGGAAUCUUGAAAUUCCCCAAGAAUUUCUUGAAGGCCUCAGCAGUGAGCUUAUUGAGGUCAUAACCCUUAUGAUGGAGCCUGAUUACUCUAAAAGAUUGACAGCUGAUAAUGUAUUAGCCAUUGAAACUGUUGACAAAAUAUACAAAAAAAGACGAAAAGUAUAUAAAUCCCCAUCAUCACUUGAAAAUGUUCCUAAAGUUAAUCCAAAAAGUUUCAGGUCAUCUUCGGAAUGGAGUUCUAACUUAUCUGAUGAUGUGUUUGACCAGAGUACAAAUGGUAGCUUUGGUUCUUUGCAUGGUCCAUUCAGUGAGAAAAGGCUUGAACUAGACUUAUUAUUCAAUGAACACUCUAAUUCCAGUUUAGAUUUUUCCAGAUCUCGCCUAGGUAUGUCCACUCCUUGUAGCUUUCGUUAUUGGGAUGCAAAACUCCAUGAUACAUCUGGAUCACCCUGCUUGUCUGAAUCAAAGAAAAAAGAACUAUCUCCUAGUGAAAACAUCAGUCCCCCUUUCGCUAAAAGUCCACGUUUGCAAUUAUUUCCUGACUCUGACUCAGAAGGGGAAUCUGAACAGAACAUGAGCUUCCCAUCCAAAAAUUUAAUGAGGGUUUUCAGUUCACUAACCCCACCUGAACGUUCCUGAAUUAUUUACAGUGUUGUUAGAUUAUUCUUUGUUUUGAACUACCAAAAAAUAUGUAAAUAUUGUAAUUAGUUAUAAUAAACCUAUUUUCAAUGUUCA